CUGGAUACCAAAAGGUGGGCAAGAAAUAGGACCGCUGGAGAUCUCACUUCGACAAUUGGAGUCGAGACCAGUUACGGCAGAUUGAACUUGAACUGGGGUUUGCACUCGUACGUCGCUGUAUCCAUCCUAACUUUCAGAGGCGGCCUAGACAAUUUAUGUGACUUUUGGCCCUGGAGCCUGGAGAAGUCGACUCUUGAAGGGGAGGAUGCUUCGAUCGGGGGUGACUGACCAUUCCGGCUGCUUACGUGCCUAACUCUUUGAGCAUCCCGGGGGCGGUAACAAGGCAUUGAAUUAUAUAAGACGAAAUUCUACUCCGUAGUUACGUUCGAAAAUAGACGCUCAAAAUGGUACAAAUUGCUGGACAGAUAUGCUGACGCCCCGGAACGGAGCGCUUCCCUUUCCCAAUCGGGCACUUUGAUACGCGUUGCACCAUGCCAAUGCAAAUGGGGCCGUAUGACGCCCAUUCGCCUUACAAUAUUCCGAAAUGGAAAGUCGAGUUAUUCAGCGGCUAGCUCAUGUGGUUUGGCAGGAGCCAAUUUAUGGACAGCGGGGAAUAUCCAGCGUGCCCAGAGGAUGCCUUUUGGUACUGGUGAAAUGUGUUUGGUGAUGUGUUCGUGACCAUGGCAUGGGAAACGCAGUGAGACGCUACAACUGGUCAAAUUGCGAUCGAGGAGUGUUUGUUGGAAGCUGCGCCCGAAACUUGCAAGGCCGCUCUCUGUAUCUCCUCGGUAAAUCCUUUUGGUGGCUCAAAGGCACGUUGUUUGCCUGGAACUUUGCCAAUUUCAUUUCUUUGGGAAUUACACCUUUAUUCUCUUCUCAACCCAAGGAGGCCUGAUCGCCUUGUAUCUCAAGCAUAUUAUUCUGGCUCAGGAGUACGGAGUAUAAUGAUCGAAAUAUACACUUCAUCGAUCCAUAGUGUUGUA